GUCGAUAUCGAUCAAUGUAUGCGUGCGCACAAUGUAUGUGAGUAUAUAUUGGUAUUGGUAGAGUAUCAAUCGGAGCAUAUGAUAGUAUACGUUGAAAUCACUGACAUGCACCAUAACCUCCAUGAUAUUAUGUUUACAAAGUGUACUCGGGGUUAAAUAAUAUUUUUUAUUUAAUUAUUAUAAACUUCAAGCAUUGUGUUAUAUAUAAACGUAAAAAGAAAUGAGUGAUUCUGAGGACGAAAAUUAUGCAACUUUUGGUAUACCUUUGGAACCUUUAGAUGAAGAAAAUUUACCAAGGAAAAAAGCUGUAACAGUAGAAGAUCAAUAUGCAUAUGACGCGCAAGGUAGACGUAGAUUUCAUGGUGCUUUCACCGGUGGUUUUUCUGCGGGAUAUUUUAAUACUGUUGGAACGCGUGAUGGAUGGAAACCACAACAGUUUAAAUCCUCAAGAGGUAGUAAAGCAAAAACAAUCGAACAACAACCAGAAGAUUUUAUGGAUGAAGAAGAUGUAAGCAUAUUUGGCAUAGCACCAAAAGGUAUUAGAGCCAAUAGUGACUACGAGUAUCAUGGACAAAAAGGUACAAAAAGAGGAAGAACUGAAAUAAUUAAUAAUCGAUCUCUAUCAUAUAAUCCUGUAUUAAAAGAACUUUUGAGGCCUGUCAGAGAAACAGUUGGUAUUGCUCUUCUGAAAAAAAUGGGAUGGAAACCAGGACAAGGAAUAGGAAAUAGGAUUACAAAGAAAGAGAAGAUUAAAGCAAAACAACAGAUUGAAAGAAUUAAAGUAUAUGGCUGUUCCUUACCCAAAAAUGAAGAAAAAGAAAUUGAUAGUAAUAUUGAUUCUGACGAUGAAACACCUAAUAUUACAUUUGCUCCUGAUGAUUAUGAGCCUUUUAAAUCUAAGGGAAAAGAUAAUUACUUUGGUAUUGGAUAUAGUGGGUUAAAUAGACAAAAUAUAUUAUCUAAUCAAAUUAACGAAGAAUAUAAUUAUCAAAGCAAUAAUAAAAUCCUUCCAAUAUUUGGACAUGCAUUUGGAGUUGGUGCUUUUGAAGCAGAUGAUGAGGAUAUAUAUGAAAGAGAAGAUAUGUCCCGAUAUGAUUCUGUAUUGGGACCAGAACGCAAAAGUAAAACAAGAUGGUCGAAGGAUAAUAUUUCAAAUGACAAUGGAAGCAAUUGUAUAGAAGGAUUUGUACAAGCAAAAGAUAAAUUAAAUUAUAGAAAGACUUUUGCAUUGCCUUGUCUUCCAAAAAACUAUUGCGCAAUUCAUAUUACCAGAAAAAGUAGAUUUUUUCCACCUAUCCCACAUCAAUCAAUUAAUGAGAAGAAGAAGAGCCUUAAUGUUAUAAAAAGAGCUAAAAUCUUACAAGACAUUAAUUUCACUGAUACAGCAAUUCAAGGAAAACUUGACACAACUGCAAAAACAUUAAAUUCUACAAUUUCUAUGCCUGUUGAUAAUUCAAUAUCAGAACCAUUGAAUUCAUCAGAAAAUCAAAAGGCAAAAAAUAGUGAAAAAGUAGUUGAAAAACCAAAAACACAAGUAAAUAGUAUGUGGGUGGGCAAAUUAAAUACAAAAACAUUUGUCAGUGGUGGUGUCACAGGUACAGAACAAAUCACUUCUGGAUUAUUAAAUAUACCAACACAUUUAAAUAGCUCUUCUUCAUUCGCCAAUGUAGAAUCAGUUAAUAACCAAAUUUAUAAGAGUCCAGUUUUAACUGAUCAAAAUAAACAAGAACGAUUUGAACAGACCCUUACUUGUUUAAAAACUAAUGAUAAACAUAAAUAUGAUAACAUACAAUCACUUUCUACGAUUAAAUCAGACAAAGAUUUAGAACUUGUUGAAUUUAAAAAAGCAACUAAAUCUAUUGAACAAGAAUCAAGUAAUGAUAAUGAUAUAAAUAACUCAAAUAAAUAUAUAAUAAAUAUAACUGAUAGUUUAGAAAAGCAAAAAGAUGAAGCUGCCAAGAUGGAAAUGUUUGGAAAACUAACUCGAGAGAUAAUUGAAUGGCAACCUGCAAGUAUUGUAUGUAAAAGAUUUAAUAUUCCUGAACCACGAAAUAGUUGUAUACAAACUAAAAUAGAGAAGAAACCGAGGUUUUCAGUAUUUAAUUCAUUAGAUUUAGAUGUAUCCUCCAGAUUUUUAAAAGUAACUGACACAAUUGGCAAAGACAUAGAUAAUAAGGCAUCUACCUCAUAUAAAGAUGAAUUCAUAAAAGAUUAUGCACUUCCUUCUUCCACGUACUAUAAGACUUCUGUUGAAAAUCAGGAACCAGAAAUAAUGUCAGAAAAAAUGAAGAAUUUUGAAGCUUCAUAUGAAAAAAUAUUUGGCAAAACAGUCCAUGAGGUACCUUCAACAAAAUUAUUGAAAUGCAAUACUGAACAAGAAUUUCUUAAUGAAGAAAGUAAUAUGCUAAAUAUAGAACAACAUCAAAUUUUGGCAGACAUUGAAAAAUCUCAACACAAAGAGACUAGUAUAGCUCAUAAAAAGAAUUCAGAAGAAAAAAAAGAUCUUUUUAGAGCAAUUUUUCUUAGUAGUAGCGAAGAAUCAGAAACAGAGAUAGAAGAAAAUAUCGAUAACGAAGUUGUAAAGUCAGUGUUGAUUGGUGAUUCUUCGAAUGAUGUUAAUAUAUCAAGAAAUAUGUCACCACCUAGAGGCAUUUUUGCCAAAUUGGAUCUUGAGGACCUUGUAAAAAAAACACAUGUCAGUACAGAAGAUAUUGAGAGUAAUAUCAAAGAAAAAGGAACGAGUUUGCAAUUAGAACCACAGACUAUCAUUGAACAAAAUUACGAAAAUAAUACCUGUGAUACGCUACAAAUGCCAUUACCAGAGAAAGUAUAUGGACCGAUGCUUCCUUCAAGAUUGAUCAAAGAUGGAAAUAUUUUAACAGAUUCUACUGGAAGUACAGAAUUUUCAAGGCCUAUUUGUAAAAGCGUCAUAGUACCAAAAGUCGUAGAAGAUUUUCAAGGAAAGUGGGUGGAAUUACAUAAAACAAAGAAAUCAAAAAAAGUUAAAAAGAAACAUAAACAUAAAGAACAUAAAAGUUCAAAAAGUAAGCGAAAAUCCAAAAAGCAUAAACGUUAAUUAAAUAACCUUUAGAGAGUUAAAGGUUUCUUAGCUUUUAUCUUUUUUUUAUGUGUUAUAUUUUAGAAUUAAAUAUUACAUGAAUAUUUGUUAUGUAGAAUACAUCAGUUUUUUCAUAAAGUUGAAUGUUAUUAAUGUAUAUCUAGAAAAUGAAACAACUUUAUAUUAUUUAGAAAUAAAAAGAUAAUAUAACUGAUCA